CUUACGCAUUCGGAUUUGUUUUGUGUUUUACCCACAUUUGCCAAUGUCUGUGUUGUGAAAAAAUGAAGAUUAUGGCCGAACAUGAAUACUUUACUAUCGGCAGUAUAAUAACUUGCACAACAUGUUAUCAGCAAAAAGUUCAGGGGGAAGUCCUGGCUUUCGAUCUCCAGACCAAAAUGCUCGCCAUCAAAUGUACCCCAGCCAGUGGCAAGCACAGUGUUCAUGAUGUUAAGCUGUUUAAUCUGGCCUAUGUCAGUGAUGUACAGGUCAUCAAAGAGGCAGACAAGGACACAUCACCACCACCCGUAUCAACCUUGAAUCUUGGCAAGAUCAGCAACAGGUUACGUUCAAAUAUUGAAGAGAAAAAACGGCAAGUCAAUUACAUUGGAGUAGGAGUCUCUCCAGAGGGCCAGCAGUUGUUCAAUACAAUUGUUAAAACAAUCACAGACAGUCGGUGGGUUGGAGUUAAUAUUGUUGUGAUGGAUGAAGUAACUAUACGACCACCUUACAACUUGGAGAGUUGCCAUGGAAAGGAAGGAAGCAAGGCUCUGGACCAUGUGAAAAAGAUUGUCCAGAAAUUCAUUCGGGAGUAUGGGCAACAGAAAGCAGGUGAAACUCGAAAGUCACACUCACCGUCUCCCGCGGCGACCAUGUAAUCAUCAGACACGGCAUCUCAGCAUUUUCACAGAUUUAGAGCGUACUGUUUAUGUUCAACAUUUGUAAAAUGAUGGCUAUAUCUUAUACUGGUAUUUCCUUCCAAGUCAGUUUGCUGACAUUUGAAUAUCUUACGUUGUCCAAUGAUGUUGUUUUGUAGCUGGUUAACUUACUUGUUACUUUGUGUCACUCUUGUCAAAAGCCAAAAAGCCAGCUGAAUUUAAUGUUCACUUUAUAUUUAAUGUGUUAGAUUUUUGUUGGAACAAACUGUCUGAUACAACACUGUUAACAAGUAAGAAGUGGAAAGAUGGAUAAAAGUACAUAUGAUGUGUUGAAGAGAUGAGAUUAGGUACGAGUACAUGAAUUUAUCAUUAACCUGUCAUUUACUCUUUGAUAAAAAUUUUAAAAGUCAAAAUACAAUUAUGAAGUGUAAAAAUGCAAAUACAUGUAUUCACAGGUCACCAAAACAAACAAGUAAGACAAAUCCUAUUAUUACAUAAAAGCUUUAAAUGUAGCACACUAUUAACAUAUUAUUAAACGAAUAAACAUCAUUUAGUACCAAAAAGUGCCACAGUCUGUAUUCUAUUUUUAACCAGGUUUUCCGAAGGAAAAAACUGGUUAUUAGAUUGGCGAAUGCGGGCGGGCUGGCUGGCGGGCUGGCGGAAUAAGCUUGUCCGGGCCAUAACUAUGUCGUUCAUUGUCAGAUUUUAAAAUCAUUUGGCACAUUUGUUCACCAUCAUUGGACGGUGUGUCGCGCGAAAUAAUUACGUCGAUAUCUCCAAGGUCAAGGUCACACUUUGAGUUCAAAGGUCAAAAAUGGCAAUAAAUGAGCUUGUCCGAGCCAUAACUAUGUCGUUCAUCGUCAGAUUUUAAAAUCAUUUGGCACAUUUGUUCACCAUCAUUGGACGGUGUGUCGCGCGAAAUAAUUACGUCGAUAUCUCCAAUGUCAAGGUCACACUUUGAGUUCAAAGGUCAAAAAUGGCCAUAAAUGAGCUUGUCCUGGCCAUAACUAUGUCAUUCAUUGUGAGAUUUUAAAAUCAUUUGGCACAUUUGUUCACCAUCAUGGGACGGUGUGUCCCACGAAAGAAUCACGUCAAUAUCUCCAAUGUCAAGGUCGCCACGACUAAAAAUAGAUAUAAAAAAAACAAAAAAACUUACAAAGGGGGUUAAUUUUUUUUGGUCAUUUCAAAAGUUCAGUUUGAGUUUUCUCCCUUUAUCAGAUUUUUUUUUCACAAUGAAAACCUGGUUUUGUGACAAUUUUGUCCCUUGUUAAUACUUAACCCAACGGUAGCAAUUCUAAAGAAACACCUGACUGGCAUUUUGUUUAAUAUUUAGACAUUCAGCUCACCUGAGGAGUAUGUGCUCAUGGUGAGCGAAUGUGGUCGCUACGUCAGGUUUCAGCUGUCGUGUGUUGUGCAUCAUAAACGUUUAGCUUGAUAACACUCUUAAGACUAUAUUUAUCCUCCAGUCAUGGUCAGGAUGUUUAUCUUUACAAUACCUGGGCCGAUUACAAUACCUGGGCCGAUUACAAUACCUGGGCCGAGUUUGAAUCAGGGUUACAUGCUUUAAAAUCUGCUCACCUUGCAUACUUUGAAUCUGGAUAAUGUGUGACCAAAAAGUAGGUCAACAGGUCCAGUCUUAGAAAAAACUUGUUACCACUCAAGAGGCCACAUUUAUGACUUAACUCUUUCAGUGCGGGAACCGAAUUUUGAAGGCCUUUGCAAACAGUUUGGAUCCAGAUGAGAGGCCACAGAAAGUGGCGUCUCAUCAGGAUCCAAACUGUUUGCUAUUCUGAUAGUAUUCUUUGAAUUUUUUUUUAAGAAAUGCUUAUUUUAUAAAUUCAGCAGACGACAUUUUAGCAGAAGACAAAUUUCCCAGCAUUCAAAGGGUUAACCUUGAUAAAACUUGGUCAGAAUGUUUAUCUUUACACUAUCUAGUAUCUAGGCCAAGUUCAAAACUAGGUCUUGAGGAGUAAAAAGCUAGAUCACAAUUUCAAGUCUUUUACAAUUUCGAACUCAAGUGAGUGGACUAUUUAAGACCUCUUUUUGUAAAAGCUUGUUGACUUGAAUAUCGGUCGUAUGAUUUUAACUGCUUUAAUUAUUAUGCCCCCCUUCGAAGAAGAGGGGGUAUAUUGCUUUGCACAUGUCGGUCUGUGGGUCCGUCCACCAGGUGGUUUCCGGAUGAUAACUCAAGAACGCUUGGGCCUAGGAUCAUGAAACUUCAUAGGUACAUUGAUCAUGACUCGCAGAUGACCCCUAUUGAUUUUGAGGUCAUUAGGUCAAGGUCACGGUGACCUGAAAUAGUAAAAUGGUUUCGGAUGAUAACUCAAGAACGCUUAGGCCUAGAAUCAUAAAACUUGAUAGGUAGAUUGAUCAUGACUCGCAGAUGACCCCUAUUGAUUUUCAGGUCACUAGGUCAAAGGUCACAGUGACCGGAUAUAGUAAAAUGGUUUCCGGAUGAUAACUCAAGAACACUUAGGCCUAGGAUCAUGAAACUUGAUAGGUAGAUUGAUCAUGACUCGCAGAUGACCCCUAUUGAUUUUCAGGUCACUAGGUCGAAGGUCAAGGUCACAGUGACCCGAAAUAGUAAAAUGGUUUCCGGAUGAUAACUGAAGAACGCUUAUUCCUAGGAUCAUGAAACUUGAUAGGUAGAUUGAUCAUGACUCGCAGAUGACCCCUAUUGAUUUUCAGGUCACUAGGUCAAAGGUCAAGGUCACAGUGACUUGACACAGUAAAAUUGUUUCCGGAUGAUAACUCAAGAAAGCUUACGCCUAGGAUCAUGAAACUUCAUAGGUACAUUGAUCAUAACUGGCAGAUGACCCCCAUUGAUUUUCAGGUCAAUAGGUCAAAGGUCAAGGUCACAGUGACAAAAAACAUAUUCACACAAUGGCUGUCACUACAACGGGGAGCCCAUAUGGGGGGCAUGCAUGUUUUACAAGCCCUUGUUCUUUUAAUUACAAUUGUGUGAUAAAGACAUUUCAGUAAUAAUGUCAUGUUUAGGGAAAAUAUGCAUUUACGUAUUGGUGGCUUUUUGCUACUUUUGGCUUGAAAUGAAAAUCUCAUUGAAUAUUUUUAUACACCUGUUUAAAAAUAGGACAAAUGGUGGGAUUGUCUGAGGCUGAUGGUGUCCAUCAAGAAAAUGUCAUCUCUUUUACUUGAAGCCUGUGAAAAUGUUUGUUGUUGUAGGAAAGUGUCUUUGGUAAAGAAAAUUCAAUCCAGUGCAGGUGGCAAACUACAAAACAACUGUGUUGAAACAUGAGUCGGUAUUUAAAUGCUUCUUAGGGAUUUAACCUAAACUAUACUUUUAAUUACUGUAAUAAACAACACGUUAAAAAUGAUAGUGUUUUAAAUUUGAAAUCAAUGGAGGAAAUUUUUAUUUUCAAGUCCAUUUAAGUGUAGUUUAGAUUGCCUUGUGAAAGUUGUUCUAUUUUAUUGUAUUUAAUAAGACCUUUAUAUCUUACACCAUUGUCUGUAUGGGAUUUUUCGUUGUCAAGGUCAUAAUAUUUUGUACAUUCUCCUUUAUUCUUAAUUCAAGUCAGCUUUGGACUGAACUUGGUUACAUAGGUAAUUUACUUAUCUUAUGAAUAACUUAUAUUAAUCUCGAAAAUCAGUUUCAAUGUGACGAUUUUACUUGCUUUUUUAGUAAAUCAUAGAAAAUUGUCGAUUGUACUAAAGUGCUUUGUGGCAAACUGUGUUGUAUGGACAAGUGAUUUACCACCUUGGGAAUCUGCUUGGUAAAUUGAAACAUGUUGUAGACUUUGAUUGUUGAAGCAACAGGUCAUCUAUGUUAUUGAAUAUUUGAUCAUACAAAAUCACAUAACAACGUUCCCUGUCUACACAAAAUUAUGUACAUGUACUUGAUGAAAGACAACAUGCUUAUCAUCAAGUCUUUUAUCUGUUGAACAUGAAUAUGACAAAUAAAUGUAAACUAUU